AUGACAGGCACUUUGACCAGAAUCUGCCGAGCGGGACUCCUGUCUUCUUUCAUCCUCAUCUCGUACUUUGCCAUGGCAUCUUCAAUGACUCUUGAUUUGACUGAGCUGAGGAAUAAAGGUUUAAAGAUCAAGGUGAAUCCCAGGUCCAACCUGUGGGCAACGGGGCACUUCAUGGGAAAGAAAAGUGUUGUGGAUGGUUCUUUUAUGGAGUCGGCUUCUGAAGGUGUAAAUGUUCCUGCUGAUGUCCGACCUGUUAGUCCUCUGCGCACAGUGGAAGACCUGCAGGCGCUGCUCACUCUGAUGCUUGAAACUGCUCAGCGUGCUCAGGAGAACCCAGAUCUGAAAUGGUUGGAGGAGACCCUGCUUGAUGAGCAUUAA